UCCGUAGUUGUCCUUGCCUUAAUUUCUUCCGGAAGAAACACAGCAUUGGACGAAGAACAGAAUAUGACAACACGAUAAAUGCGUACAGUAAAUUGUCACAACAACACUUGUUAUUAAUUGUCUUUUUGCUUGGCUACAGAGCUACCUCACCUCUCCAUGCUGCUGUGCCGGGUUUCGGCAGUAAGCCAGACACUAUCGAGAUGGGGACGGAGGUCACACCGGGGAGGCGGCCUCCUGCACCGGGCUCUCUCCUUCAGCUCCAGCCGCUGUCAGGCUGUCAGUCCGGGGGAGAGCAGCCCUCAGCCCGCAGAGACAGGCUCUCCACAGGGACUGUACCGAGACACAGUGCUCCUUCCCCGGACUGACUUCCCAAUGAAACUGACCGGACAGAAGCUGCUGAACAGAGAGCUCCAGAUUCAGCAGGAGUGUGGAUUUGCAGAUUUGUACUCCUGGCAAAGAGAGAGGAAGGCCAAGAAGGAGUUCUGCCUACAUGAUGGACCCCCAUAUGCCAAUGGAGACCCUCAUGUAGGACAUGCCCUCAAUAAGAUCCUGAAAGAUAUCCGAAACCGUUUUGAGAUGCUGAGGGGGCGUCAGGUCCACUACAUCCCAGGGUGGGACUGCCAUGGCCUGCCCAUCGAGCUGAAGGCUCUGGGGGAGUUGGGGACCAGCGGCCUGGGCCCCCUGGAGAUCAGACAGAAAGCACGAGAGUUUGCGGAGGGGGCCAUAGCUCGUCAGAAGGCUGCUUUUCAGCGCUGGGGGGUGAUGGCUGACUGGGACCAAUGCUACUACACGUAUGAUGGGGUCUAUGAGGCUGCUCAGCUGAAGGUCUUCCAGGAGAUGCACAGCAAGGGUUUCAUCUACCAAGACUACAAACCGGUCUUCUGGUCUCCUUCAACAAGAACGGCCCUGGCAGAGGCAGAGCUGGAGUACAACCCUGAGCAUGUGAGCAGAUCCAUCUAUACCACGUUCCCCCUGAGCACACUGCCACCUGGGAUAGCCUCAGAAGGAUUGGAAAGUGUUUCUGUGUUGGUGUGGACCACCCAGCCUUGGACCAUUCCUGCCAAUCAAGCCGUGUGCUACAUGCCCAACGCCAAGUACUCUGUGGUGAAGAGGGCGGACACCUCUCAGCUGCUGCUGGUGGCCUCAGAGUGCUCAGCCAGCGUGGCAGCACUGCUGGAGACAGAGCUGGAGAGUGUAGGCACCUUCACAGGCUCUCAGCUUGAGGGUGGGAUCUGCAAACAUCCCACAAUUCCUGACAAGGAAGUGCCACUCCUGCCUGCCAAUCAUGUGACCAUGGCCAAAGGAACCGGAUUGGUCCACACAGCGCCGGCUCACGGCAUGGAUGAUUACAGUGUGGCUUCACAGUUUAAACUGUCUGUGGAGUGUAUGGUGGAUGAAGACGGAAAGUUCACUGAGCUGGCCGGCCCCGAGCUGCAGAAUCUGACUGUGAUGACGGAAGGCACGGACAAAGUGAUUACCAUGCUGAAGGAGUGUGGCUCUCUGGUGAAGGAGGAGAAGUGUGUCCACAGCUACCCGUACGACUGGAGGACGAAGCAGCCCGUGGUCAUCAGGCCCAGCAAACAGUGGUUCAUCAACACAGCGUCACUCAAAGACAAGGCCAAGGAGGCACUGCAGAAGGUGCGUGUUCUGCCUGAGUCAGCGAGGGGCAGCCUGCUGACCAUGCUGGACAGACGGACGUACUGGUGCAUCUCCAGGCAGAGGAGCUGGGGGGUCCCCAUCCCUGUGUUCUACCACAGAGAGACCGGAGAGCCUCUGAUCAACAAACACACAGUGACCCAUAUAGCUCAGCUGUUCAAAGAAAAGGGCAGCGACUGCUGGUGGGAGCUUCCUGUUGAGGAUUUACUGCCAAAUGAGGUGCUCAAGAAGAGUAAAGCAGGUCCAGUGACUGACUACGUUCGUGGAGAAGACGUCCUGGACAUCUGGUUCGACAGCGGAGCGUCAUGGGCCGCAGUACUAGAAGAGGAGUCGGAGGGAGACUCUGAGGAGGCGGAGUCCCGUCUCAGCUGGCUCCCCGCUCGGCUCCGCAAACCUCUGGUCCCAGAGUCAGACUCCAGGGCGGAUGUGUAUGUGGAGGGGAAGGACCAGAUAGGAGGCUGGUUCCAGUCCUCGCUGCUCACCAGCGUGGCCGUCAGGAACAAGGCUCCUUACAAGGCUCUGGUGGUCCAUGGCUUUGCUGUCACUGAGAAAGGAGACAAGAUGUCCAAGUCUCUGGGGAACGUAGUGGAUCCAGAUAAAGUCAUUAAUGGAGGGGAGGACCCCAGUCUGCCAGCAUAUGGGGCCGAUGUGCUGCGCUGGUGGGUGGCCGAGUCCAACGUCUUCUCUGAGGUGCAGAUUGGACCCACUGCUCUCAACUCAGCCAGAGACAGCAUCAACAAGCUGAGGAACACUCUGAAGUUCCUGCUCGGCAACCUGCAGGGCUUCGACCCCCGCGUGCAGGCGGUGGACCCCAAAGAGAUGCACUACAUCGACCAGUACAUGCUGCACCUGCUCCGCGAGUACAGCAUCAAGGUGACGGACGCCUACACUGAGUUUGAUGCUGGCCGGGCCAUCCGUGUCCUGCAAGGCUUCAUCGCCAGAGAGCUCUCCAGCUUCUAUUUCAGCAUCAUCAAAGACAGGUUGUACUGCGAUCCCGAGGACUCGCUGGGCAGGAGAUCGUGUCAGACUGUCUUAGAGGAGAUUCUGGACGGAGUGACCCGAUCCAUCGCUCCCAUCCUGCCCCACCUGGCUGAGGAGGUCUAUCUGCACGCACCAGGACAUGGCGAAGGAGAGACAUUAUUUAAGAGCGGCUGGAUCAAAAGCAGCUCAGUGUGGCGCCGCCCAGGAUUGGAGGAGGCGGUGGAAGGGGCGUGUGCCAUCAGAGACUCCUUCCUGUCUUCCAUUCCGGGCAAAAACGCAGCUCAGUACGACCUCAACAUCGCUGUCGAGCCCGGUCUGCUGUUUGAACUCAUGGAGAGCCUGCAAGAGCAUCCCAGCUCCACCUCCUCCCAGCUGGCGGAGCUGAUGAUGGUGGCGCGGGUCAACCUGUGCAGCGUGCUGCCCCGGGACCUGCCCUCAGACGCCCUGCUGAGCAGCGGCACCUUCCUCAUCAACCUGGAGGGUGGUGUUAUCCGAGAGGACAGUGCCUACAAAAUAGCCGCGGUGCCCACCUCUGCCGCCCGCUGCCCGCGAUGCCGUCGAUACACCGCCGACUCAGCAGACUGCCUGUGCCCGCGCUGCCAGAGCACCGUCUCACAGGCUCACUGACAGGCCUGUCAGCACGACGACCAGCAAACAUCCUAUCGACUGUUGUGUUCUCCUGCUUCGGGUGAAGUUCCUCGUUAGACAAGGUCUAACAAUCGGCAGAGAAAACUGACUCCAAAUCUGCAUCACUUCGCUUUUCUGUCUGCUGUCAGUUAUGCGAAGACACAGGACUGGCAUUGCGAUGGAAUGGCCUGAACAUCGCAUAAGAUCACUGUUUCAGGCUUCACUGCCUUAUGCACUUACAUUUGUUCCAGAGCAGCAGGUUGAGAACUCUAAAACCAAAAUGACAGCCUUGGUCCCUCGCCUGGCCGUGAAUGAGCUUUGUUCUUGUACCACAAAUCAGUGAGCAUGAGAAAUGUUUACCGUUAUGUACAGAUGGGAAUUGGAAGAUAUUUACAUUCGCUGUAGAAGGGAUGCUAUUCAGUUUUUUUUUUUGAAUGUGUAAAUAAAUGGGAAAGGAAUCAUUA